GCCAUGUAAUAAAUUGAGCAAAUGUAAACAUAAAAAACUAACAAGUUGGCGGUCAAUUGUUUGUUAAAUCAGUAACAGCCAUACUUAUUCAGUAAAAAGAGAAUACAAAGUUGAAUACAAAUUUGGAGGUACGUGCGGAUAGGAUUGCUUUCGUGUUUUGUGGUGAUCUAUGGUGCAAAGUGCAACAAACGCAGAAACGCAAACGGCCGCCCCAACAACAAAACUUAAAAACUCCCGUAUAUAAUUGGGACAUAGGAGACUUCUCCGAUGAAGAUGAAAAUCAUGGUAUCAAUCGUUGUUACCAUGCUUCGACGCAGUUGAAAAUUACGAUUAACUAGAAAAUCAGCCGGUGCCCUCGUUCGAUGAAUUGGAGUCGGAGGAUAUGAAAUUAGACUUUAGUAGCGAGUAUGCCAAUGAUGCAGAUGUUAUAUUGGAGGUCAGUAGUGCGGAAUAUGAGAAGACGAUGUCGAAAUUCGACGAGCUUGUAAAGAAGUUGCUUGCUUUAGAGCGGCGUAAGCGGGAGCCUGAAGGGGCGUCUAAAACAGGAGCAUCUAAUAGUGAAGGCAACGAUCGUUUGAUAGAAAAUGGCGAUAUUCUAGAGACUCCGCGAGUAAGUAAGGAGCAGACCGGUAAUUCCGAGCCUCAAGAGAACGUGAAGCCGCAAUGGGCCAAUCUGUUUUCGGGUCUGAAUCGCCAUCGGAACAAAGCUGGCGCCACUCCCGAUCAAUUCUAUCAGCACAAGGCGAACAUUAUUUCCACUCGAAAGAUCAUCUACGACCCACUGGCGUUCAGCUUUCUGAGCAGUCCCCGGUCCUGCUUGUGGACUUGCUAAAGCAUCAGAAGCAGAACUGCAGGAAACUCGCGGCAUCCUGGAAGACGCAUGAGCUAGGAAAGACUCUUAGAAUGAUUUCCCUAAUCUUGGCCCCUCUGGAGACAAAGAAGCUCAAAACAAAAAACAACGAAUGCCGGUUAAACAGAUGCCAAAACUUCCCAUUUUCGAUGUUGAGUACUAUGAGGACCACGAAGACCAGGAACAAGAAAAUAAGUAUGAACCACCUCUGAUUGAAGACCCCGAGAUAUUAGAGUCUGAAGGAGAACACGAAGAAGAUGAAAGUGGUCCGCGGGCACUUUAAUGGUCUGCCCGCUGAGCGUGAUGUUCCAGUGGGCAGAGGAAGUGGCUUCCAAAGUGGCACCAAAUACCAUUAAAGCUUUGACAUUUCAUGGUCCCAAUCACCAUGACAUCAGCUUGAUGGAAUUCAGAAGCCGCGACUCUGUUAUAACCUCGUACCAUACCGUCGCCUCAGAGGUUGGGAAUCUUGCCAAUAGUUCCCGCCUGCUGGCCGUCCAGUGGAAUAAGAAACGUUAGGACUAGCUGCUUCAAGUCCGUCUUUCUCUUCUUCGCACAUUGUCUGGGCACUGACAGGGACACCUGUCCAGAACAGGGCCAUCGAUGUCAUUCCACUGCUGCGUUUCCUGAACGUACCGCACUUCACGCAUCUAAAACAGCGGAAGAUGAUGCUGAGCGGGGGCACGGUCUCUUUCGCCCUAGCUUCUUUAUUAAGCCUUUGAUGCUGCGUCGUGCCAGGCAGCAGUUGCAGGCUUCCGGGGACAUGCCGCUACUGCCUGCCUUGACAGCUGGCAGAUGUACAACUAUCGAAGCCUGAAAUCACAAAGUAUAUUGAACAAAAAUAUAUGAGCAAUUCCUUCGAUCACUUGGCUACAAUCCACAAAAAAGGGUGAAGGAAAUCGUUAUUCUGGUGCUGUUUCUGCGCCUUCGUCAAUUUUGCUGCCAUCCCUGUCUUAUGGUUAAGGUGAGUAGCAUAUCAGAUCAGCUAUUAUUUAAUGGAACGUGUUUCUUUGCUUAGAUGUUUUUGACCAUGGAUGGUACGAGGUUAUAACUGAGUCGUGGCUUCUGAAUUCCUCUAAGCUGAUGUCAUGGCGAUUGGGACCAUGAAAUGUCAAAACUUUGAUGGUAUUUGGUGCCACUUCCUCUGCCCACUGGAACAUCACGCUCAGCGGGCAAACUAAAACCACUAAAGUGCUCGCGGACAAGUAGGGGCCACGUUCUUCUCUUUCGUCUUCUCCUUCAGACUCGCAUAUCUCGGGGUCUUCGAUCGGAUGUGGUUCAUACUUAUUUUCUUGUUCCUGGUCCUUCUGGUCCUCAUAGUACUCAACAUCGAAAAUGCGAAAUUUUGGCAUCUUUUUAACCGGCAUUCGUUGAAGUUGUUUAUUCCAGUUGAGGGAGGAGCAACUGAACAAUGCGUUCCAUUACAUAGCGCGGGAGAGCCAUUCGAUGGAGGUUUUCUCUCGCUUUUGCGCUCAACAUCUUCCAAACCGUGCUUCCCAAAUAAAACUAAACUUAAAGAUUAAAGAAUCAACAGACGGUAACGCAUUUGAUAGGCACACACUCGCCAAAAUGCAUGUAGUUCCUAGUAACAUAGGUGAUGCAUGCGAUAGUAUCGAUAACGCCCUUGUACCAAGUACAAGACAAGGCAAAACUUUCCCAUCUCUAAGAAAGUAUAAUAUGAUAUUUACAAAUUCUUUGAAAAAGAGAACUUCAGUGCGUACCAAACACUAAUUGACUUGAUCGACGAAAUUGAUGUAAAA